GGGCGGUAGGCGGUGCUGCCCGUAGCUGGGUGCUGUCCAGAGGCGGCUGGUUGUUGUUAGGGGAGUGAGCUGUGACCGGUUGGGCCGCAUUUAGCGUGGGAAGAAGCUUCGGCAACUCUUUGGCGUCGUGUGGCCUCCCCUUGAUGUCGGCCCUGGAGAAGAGCAUGCACCUCGGCCGCCUGCCCUCUCGCCCUCCUCUGCCCGGCAGCGGGGGCAGUCAGAGCGGAGCCAAGAUGCGAAUGGGCCCUGGAAGAAAGCGGGACUUUUCCCCUGUUUCUUGGAGUCAAUACUUUGAAUCCAUGGAAGAUGUGGAAGUAGAGAAUGAAACUGGCAAGGAUACUUUUCGAGUUUACAAGAGUGGUUCUGAAGGUCCAGUCCUGCUCUUACUGCAUGGAGGAGGCCAUUCUGCCCUUUCUUGGGCUGUGUUCACGGCAGCCAUCAUUAGUAGAGUUCAGUGCAGGAUUGUGGCUUUGGAUCUGCGAGGCCAUGGCGAAACAAAAGUCAAGAAUUCUGAAGACCUGUCAGCAGAAACAAUGGCAAAAGACGUAGGAAAUGUGGUCGAAGCCAUGUAUGGGGACCUCCCUCCUCCAAUUAUGCUGAUUGGACAUAGCAUGGGUGGUGCUAUUGCAGUGCACACAGCAUCAUCCAACCUGGUGCCAAGCCUCCUGGGUCUGUGUAUGAUUGAUGUUGUGGAAGGUACAGCUAUGGAUGCACUUAAUAGCAUGCAGAAUUUCUUACGCGGUCGACCUAAAACCUUCAAGUCUCUGGAGAAUGCUAUUGAAUGGAGUGUGAAGAGUGGCCAGAUUCGAAAUCUAGAGUCUGCUCGUGUCUCAAUGGUUGGCCAAGUCAAACAGUGUGAAGGAAUUACAAGUCCAGAAAGCUCAAAAUCUAUAGUGGAAGGAAUCAUAGAGGAAGAAGAAGAAGAUGAAGAAGGAAGUGAGUCGGUAAACAAGAGAAAAAAGGAAGAUGACAUGGAGACCAAGAAAGACCAUCCAUAUACCUGGAGAAUUGAACUGGCAAAAACAGAAAAAUACUGGGAUGGCUGGUUCCGAGGCUUAUCCAAUCUCUUUCUUAGUUGUCCUAUUCCUAAAUUGCUGCUCUUGGCUGGUGUUGAUAGGUUGGAUAAAGAUCUGACGAUUGGCCAGAUGCAGGGUAAGUUAUCCAGAAAUUUGUGUUUCCUGGCUGUUAGUGACCUGCCGUCUUCCCCCUCCUAUACAUUGAGCUCUGUUGUAAAUACGUCGCACAGAGGCCACUGUGAUGCGUGUCUCUCCUCAACUUCGCCCCACCGGCUCCUUGUAGAUGGCGUCCCCAGAAUGCACAAACCUUUUGUGUAA